AUGAACCUAUUUAGUAAUCAUAGACAAGCAGAGCAAAGUUAUACUGAUGAAUUCAGCUGUAUUUUUCAUGAACAUCUUUUGCCAUGUUUGAUUACCAAAAAUGACAUGUGUGGUACCAAUGAAACUUCUGAUGCUUUGAUAAAUUAUUGUGUUGGAACCUUUGUGAGAGAAAAAUCCUCUAAGUCUAAAUUACGUGGUGUUAUGUAUUCAGCAAAUAAUAACACCAAUUUUCCCUGGAAUGUUUUGGAAAAUAAGUUAGCUUUAAUAGGCCGAGUGCCAUAUGACUGUGGAAGUUCACCUGGUGACUGCUUUUUUGCAUCCUUAGGACAUGGUCUUUAUAAUAAUCCUGAUUGCCAUCUUGAUAUUCGAAGUGCAGGCAUUACACAUUUAGUGCAUAAUCCUGAGUUAUAUAUUGAAAGUCUUGCAAAUAUUUCAUGGGAAAAUUAUAUUGAAGAAAUGUCACAACCUGGAACAUGGUGUGAUAAUAUCAUUAUUCAAGCAAUAGCAAAUGCUUUAAGCUGCACUAUUCAUAAUUACUGA